AUGAAAGAAAUAGAGUAUGAUUACAAGUUUCUAAAAUUAGAAAGUACAAAAGUGCUAGCUUUAGAACACAACAAUGAGGUCAAGGGAGAAAGUCUUGAUCUCAUCAAGUAUAUUGACACCAACUUUGAAGGACCGUCAUUUUAUCCAGAUGACACUAUCAAGCAAGAGUUUGGAGAAGAGUUGCUUUCAUACACUAAUACGUUCUAUAAAUCCGUCACCACCUCAUUAAAAGGAGACGGGUUUGAUGAUGCUGCUGCUGCAUUUGAUUAUAUAGAGAAGGCUCUUUCCAAGUUCUAU